AUGUUGCACAAUACAAUCACCCCAACAACAAUCGAAUACGAAGACACGGUCGAAAUUGAUCCUGUUUUUGAUGAAGAAGUAUAUGAUACAAACUCCGAAGAUGAAUUUGAUGACGAUAAGCUUGGUUUGCUCACUGAUGUAUGUAAUUCUAUUUCUAAGCCAUCAAAUGUAGGAGAUAAUUAUUUACAAAUUGAUGGUAAAAUUAUCAAUUUGAAAGAAAAUGAAUAUAUAAUUCCGAGAGGAAAUGUUCACAAAGUAACAACUAAUCAGCAGCAAUUGAGAUUUAAUAAUUAUUUCUACAGCAAGCACAAAACAUUUGCGCACUGUAUUACCUAUAAGUGCAAUCUUUAUAAAUCCAGAAAAUGUUCUGCGAGAAUAAGAUAUUAUCCUGAUAUUGAUACAUACAUACACGUUGCAUCACACAGUGAUCAUGCUCCACCUCAUAUUGAAAAAAGUCAACCUCAAAAGAUUUCGGAGGAACGAAGAAAGGAAUUAUUUGAAUACAUCAAAGCAAACACAAAUAUAAGAUCUAGUCAACAAAUUGCAGAAAAUUUAAACAAAAAGUUAUCAAAAGAAGAACUAAGAGAUCACCGAUUGAUAAUCACCAAAGAGGAUGUUAAAGAAAUGAAAAAAAAAUUCUACACUGAAAGGAUUGAAUGUUUACAAGAUUUGUACACCAGACAAGAUCUAUCAUGUACUAAAUCUCAAGAUCAAUUUGUAAGAUGGGUACAAGGUUUUCCACAUUUCCUUCUUAUUUAUGGAUCCAAUUACCAAAUUAAUAUCUUAAAAGAAGUGACUGAGGAAGAUCAAAUCUAUGUUGAUGGAACUUUUGACGUGUGUCCUAAAGGUUGCGAGCAAAUGAUUACUAUUCAUGUAAGGAAAAAGGGAAUGGAUGCGGCUGUUCCUGUUUUAUUUAUUUUCGCACAAGCUAAGUCAGAAAUAUUCUAUACAUAUUUGUGGAUGGUGAUUGCAAAUUUAAUUGUACCUGAAUUAUUGCAAGUUCGAAAAUUAUUUGUUGCUUGUGAUUUUGAGCAAGCUAUGCACAAAGCUCUUAGAAUUAUUUUCCCAGAUGUAGAAAUUGUUGGAUGUCAGUUCCAUCUCUUGCAAGCAGUGUCAAGAUGGAUAAGAAGAGAACUACCUGCGAACAAUCCACUGAGAAAUAGAGAACUUCUUAAGACCUUUAAAUCAGAACUAAAAGACCUUGCACGAACUAAAAUGACUGAACAAAUGUUCAACAUCAAAAAGGAGGAAUUUUUAGCAACAUGGAGAAGUGUUGCAGGUGAAAAGUUGUGGAGGUAUCUUGUUAGAAAUUGGUUUGGAGAUUUGUCCACUAAUGCACUAUUUGCUCCAAAUAUUUGGGCUCUUACAUUCAAAUCAAGAAUACAAGAUUUAGAUUUGACAAAUAAUCAAGCUGAAAUAUUUCAUUCUCGUUUAAAUUUAAAAUUUGCAAGCAAACCUGGACUAAAAAGAUCAGUGAAUAUUCUACAAGAACUUGAAUUUGAAAAUUUAACUAAUAAUGAAAUUGCUAACAAACAAAAGAAAUUGACUACAACUCUAGCACUUCCUGACAAUUCUAUCAACAACGUCAAAAAGAGAACCAACCCUUUCGGUGGCUUGCAACUGGUUAAUAAUGAUAAGUCCAAGAGAAAGAAAAUCACAUUUUCAAAUAUCUCUAACACAGAUCCUAACACACCAUCUACAGCACUUGCUACAACCAACAUUUCAAAGAGUCAACCUAUUAGAAAUAUUACACUUCAGAAUGAACCUCUUUCACUUCCCCCACCUGAAUCAUCCAACACAAAUCAAGGUCAAAAUUCAUCAUAUCCAAAUAUUACUCAAAACACAUCCAAUACCAGUUUGAUUUUCGAUAUGUAUAACCCUAACCAGCCAAAGAAAAGAGGAAGAAAACCAAAAUCAACGCCAAACCAACCUUCUCAAUCUUCCCCAACACCAAAUCAAACUUCAUCAAUUAAUAUGACAACUAUUCCUGCAUUACUUCCACCUUUACAGCAGCCUCUACUUCCUCAAUACCCACCAUAUCCUCCAUAUUCAUUUACUCCUCAAUUUCCUCCAUUCAUUCCAACCAACAAUAUUUAUAAUCAAACAACAUUGAAUUACCAAACUAACGCAACAAUAGCUCCUCCAGGUAUAUUAAGAUGA